CAUGGGGUGUGUUAAUUCUCGUAGUGUUGAGACUUACCAAAGAAAAUUCAAACUAGUUAUUGUAGGGUUGGAAGGAAGUGGGAAAACAGCAAUAUUUGAAUACAUCAGAUAAGGAAAAUUUGUGCAAACAAAACCAACAGUUGGUUAGGAAUUAUAAUUAUGAAUAGGUGUGAAUGUAGAUUUUAGCCAUCCUGAAUUUAUGAUUUUUGAUGUAGGAGGUAAAGUACCAAGUUUAUGGAGUAACUAUUACGAAAACACUGAUGGACUAAUUUUUAUUAUAGAUUCUUCAAAUAAAGAGUAGUUAUAUUAGGUCAAAGAGCAAUUUGUUAAGUUGAAUAAAGAUUUAGAAUACAUGAAUGUAUUUCUAAUUAAAUGAAAUAGGUAGUAAUUCUCAUUAUGUUUACAAAACAAGACAAUAUACAUCUUGAUAAUCAAGUUUUGAUUUAAGAAUGUGGAGUUUUUGGAUAUUUAGAAUAAGAUACGAUAUUCUAAAUGUGCAGUGCUAAAACUGGUGAGGGUGUUUAAGAAGGAAUUUAAAAAUUAAUAAACUUAAUCAAAAAAUAAUAAAAGCCGAACAUUCCACUACAUCCUAUAAAAAAACAUUAAAAAAAAAUAGCAGUAUGA